AUGACCGUCAAUGCGCCCACGUUAAUCAACCUGCCUCCUCCGCCAUCGGAUCCGGGCACGCCUACUGAAGCUCCGGGAACCCCCAAUUCAACAACGACAUCCAUGUCUGAGUUGUCGACGGUCGCAAUCAAAGACGGACAUCGUGGCCAUUUCCCCCAUCACCGCAACCCCGCAGAGGCAGAGCGGGCGGAUCGCAUUUCACGUCUGGCUGGCCUAGAGCGAGUCGUGGUUUCAGGUCGCAACCCGCAAGGCCUUACCCCAGGCAGUGCUGCAAACCCACCCCCUGGCUACUUCGACUCGAACAACCAGCCUCAGAUUUUCCGCGAGCGCAGCACGGUGGGUAGUGCCAGUGCCACAGGCUCGGUCGGCGGCCGCACGACGUGGGCAAGCGGCAGCGAUGUCUAUGACCACGAUCGCAUGAGCGAAGACCAAGAUGUAGAGACUUCGAGCAUCGGAGGCUUUAGUGAUGAAGCCGCAUCCCUAGUCGGUUUUGGUGAGGGUGCCAGGACGCCUGCGCGACAACACAGCCAGAUGGGCAGCCCUGCCGUCAGCAAAGCCAGUGCCGUACCCGGCCAUUUGAGAGAUCAAGCUGGCGCCAGCCCACUAAACCAGGCCGUUUCUACAGAGGAGCAGCAGCAGCAGCAGCGGAAAGAAGUAAGGAAUUCUGGCAGCUUGGCAUCUGAUGACAAUGCUACCGACACCAACACGAGCGGCCGUGACGGGGACUCGACUUCUGAGCAUGCCAUCCGCGAGCGCAUGCGCCAGAACCAAGCGGGUCAGGCAGCGAUGGACUCGGACAGACAGAGGGACGAGUAA